UUGCUGGUCAGCUCAGUUGCCGAAAGAAAGUCCGACGAGUCGUGACCGACCGGGAGCCGCCGCUAGGAAAAUCUCAAUCUCAAUCACCAUCUCAAUCUCAAUCACCAUCUCAAACUCAAACUCAGUUCAAAAACUCCAGCUCCAACUCCAAUUUGGUUUUUGGAUUCGGAGUCGCUGGACCGCCGCCAAUGAAAGUUGUGUGCUGUUGAUGUUCGCUUCGAUUUCGGAAUUUGUUUUUGGAAAAACGCGACUACUGAAUACUGCGUAGAGUUUAAUUCGCGUUUUGUCUACCGCUCAAAAUGUGCAAGUUGUUUUGGCUUUCGGCCUGUUUUCUGGCUGUCUGGCUGCCCUUCGCCCUGAGCGAACAAUCGAAUGCCACAGCAAGUGUCGAGCGGGAGCCCAAGUCGGAGCUGGUGCCCAAGACGGAGCUGGUGCCCACGGCGGAGAAACUGAUCCGGUAUCGACGACAACCGCCCUUUGCCGUGGUCAAGCACUCCAAGUUGCGGCGACGGACCAAGGGUCAUCCGAAGCUCAAGUACGGACCACCACCACCACCACACAUUCGCUACUCGAAGCCCUCGUUUCCAACACAACAUAUCGAGGAGCCCAGCUUCUCGCUCGAUGACUUCCAGCAUCUGAAGUUCGAUGGAGCGGAUUUCAAGAUACCCACUUCGAGUUACGAAGCGCAGUCCAUGGAUCUGGAUUUCUAUAACCACGACACGGAACCCGAUCUCUAUGGGGCGCACAAGUUUCCCAGCCUGGAUUUAGGGUUGGUGACCACCCAUGAACACGUUCCCCACCAGAAGUACGGAUUGCCCCCGCUGCAGCAGAGCUUCCAGCCGGAUCACUCCUUUGCCUCGCACUAUGAGCCACCGCCACCUCCUGCUCCGCCGGCCCAUCCGCCAGCCACUCGCUACGGAGUGCCCACUGCUCCGGCACCCGUUCCCAGCUAUCCGCAUCAGGAUCUGCCAGCUCCCGAUUCGUAUUCCAUUUAUGAGCAGAAGAUCCCCAAUGUGGGCUAUCAUCAGAACUUUGCCGAGCCACCGAAACAGAAGACGACACAUGGUUCCAACUUUGAGAUUGCCUAUUCACCGCCCGCUUUUGAGAUUAGCACAUCCUAUCAGCAAAAUCACCAGCAGAGCUAUGUGCCACCUCAUCCAUCGCCAUCUCAGGAUGGAUUCGCUGAGCCACCGUCUAAUAAUUAUGUGAAGCCUGUCCAGCAUCCUUCAACCAAUAGCUAUGCGCCACCUCAGCAUCCCUCCUCCAGUUAUGAGCAGCCUGUCCAGCAUCCUUCUUCGAGUUAUGAUCAUUCACCUCCACAACAUCCCUCCUCCAGUUAUGACCAGCCUCCUCAACAUCCCUCCUCCAGUUAUAAUCAUCCAGAGCAACAUCCUUCAUCCAGCUAUGAUCAUUCACCUCCACAACAUCCCUCUUCCAGCUAUGAUCAACCUGCUCAGGAUCACUCCAACAGCUAUCAACAUCAGCCACCUUCAUCAACCUACGACCAACCAGCUCAGCAUCCUCCCACAAACUACAUAUCCUCCGAUUCCCAUACCAUACAGAGCUAUCCACAGGAUGACUAUGCUCCACCCUCGCAGGAGUUGCCCUUGAAUCCACACCACAAGUUCCCUAGCUUUGACUUUCCCAAAUCCAGCUACGAAGUGCCCAUCUACGAUCCGGUGCCCUUCGAAGCCUCCACUCGGGAUGAGCAGGAGUCGUAUCCGCCCAUUCUGGCCUCCUCACCCGAUCACAAUGAAAUCGCUUCAGAUGUCCAUGCGGCUGGCAGUUCCAAGCGGCGAAAGAGGAAGCGUAAGCCCAGCGCAGGAAUUGUGCCCGCAAAGCAUACUCUCGAUGUUCCUGAACUCCAGCAGGCCUACGAUGCGGAUGGCCAUUCAGGGCAUUCAGGGGAAUCGAAUGAGAACGCGGAUACGGAUGCGAAUAGCUCACACUUUGUGGAGCGCAAGCAGACCUUCUUUAACUUUGUGACACCCACAACUACGACGACGACAUCGACUACGGCGGCACCUUGGAGUCCCAUGAGGGGCAGGAGCAGCACCACCCGCACGGCCUUCUUACCCACUGUAGUGACCAGUACUCCGGAAACACCCACUACCGGAAGGAGUAGAAAUCGUGGCGCCUCCCGGUAUCGCACUAAUCCACAACCCGUGAAUUCUGAUCAUCCCAUCACCACGAGCGUAAGGAUUGAACAAUCCCACUCACAGAGCUACUACGAUGGCACCAUUGCACCACCCACCCGGCAGCAGUACUCACCCACAACCGGAGUACGUGGCUCGCGACCCACUCGCCCCGGUUAUGUGAGGAAUCAUGGACCAGUGUCGCCGCUGGCCCUGCAGCCAGCGGAUCCCGGCAGAGGAGCACCCACCGCCAAGCGGACCACCAAGGGCGUCUUCGAUACGACGCUGUUCAAGAGCCCCUUGGGCGAUCGCGAAAUGGAGCGGAAUCUCCAUGGGCUGCGUCAGAACUUGCCAAAAAACCACAAACUAUACUGAGUUCUCAACUGAAUUAGCUUAAAGACUUGGUUAACUAGUACUUAGACUUUAGCCUUAGGUUAUUAUUAUUUGUAUUGCAAACUAGGCUAAGAUGUUGAAUAAAUUUAAAUACCUAUUAUA